ACCAACCCCACCCCCCUACCCCCUUCCCAAAAUACUCCAAAAACGCCCACUGGCCCCCGUCCCCGCCUCGCUCCCAUUGGCCCUUGUUCUCCACCCCCGCCCAGUGACUCCGUGGUGUCGUUCGUGAAUGGUCGUACCGGGUGGGAGGUCCCGCCCCCGCCGGCCGGAGCUCCGCCCCCCCGGUGCUCGCUGUACCUGGCGGCGAUGCUGCAGCUCGGGCUGGUCCGGGUGUACGUGCGGCAGUGCGGGAACCUGCUCGAGGAUGCCUCGCAGAUCCUGGACCGGCUGCACCGCGCGCGGCCCCCGCUGGUGGAGAUCGACAUGAGCCCCUCCCGCCGGACCCAGCUGCUCCCCGAUACCCAGGCUCUGAUGGUGCAGCUGGAAUUGGCCCCCGACCCCUUUUUUGGGGUGAUGGGAGUGGAGCUUCCUCAGGUAGAGGAGCUCCUGCCCCCACCCAUUGAGAUCGAGUUCCCCCGAGGGCCCCCCGUGACGGUGUCCCCCGAGUACAUCACCCUGCGGGAACCCGAAGUUCCGCCGCUGCCGCCGCCCCUGGAGGAGGAGCUGCCUGAAGUGACCCCCAGAGAGCUGCAGCUGCUGCUCGAGGCUGAGGCCGAGGAGCUGCUGCCCCCGGUGGAGGAACUGGAGGAGCUGCCGGCGCCACCCCCCAUCCCCCGUGUCCCCCCCCCGGAGGAGCCCGCCCUGCCUCCCCCCAUUCCGGAGGUCCCGGUGCGUCGCCGCAUCCCCCGUCGUCGCCUCCCGCCCCACAUGGACCUCGUGCCCCACAUCUCCCCCAAGCUGUUCCGGGCACAGCUGCUCCAGCCCCAAGCCCACUGUCAGCCCCUGGUGCUGCUGGAGCCGCCCCACAGGUUCCGCCGCCCCCCAAGUGAGCUCCUGAACGCCCCCACCCACGGUGAGACCCCC